ACGGACGCAGUUUUCCCAACUCGCCAACAUGGGACAGAGCUGGACAUCGGACCGAUCACUCAAAAAGAUUAUCUUAAAACAAGGUAACUGGCCAUUAUGAAGCGCCUUGGUCAGAUGCGAUAUUAACGGAUAUGAUUUUAGAGAUGGAAAACGGCACAAACCACACGCAGGACCGCGCGCACGGAGCGCAGGAGCGAGAGGAUGGAGACGGACAGAACAGCGUGCGCGCUCUGCUGGGUUUCGUGCUCUUCCUCCUAAUCGUCUCCACGCUGCUCGGGAACACGCUCGUGUGCGCCGCCGUGGUCAAAUUCAGACACCUGCGCUCCAAAGUGACCAACUUUUUCGUCAUUUCUCUGGCCGUUUCGGAUCUCUUCGUAGCCGUCCUGGUGAUGCCGUGGGAGGCGAUAUCCGCGGUGGCGGGAACUUGGCUCUUCGGCCGGUUUUGCGGCAUCUGGAUCGCCUUUGACAUCAUGUGCUCCACUGCGUCCAUCCUCAACCUGUGCAUCAUCAGCGUGGACCGCUACUGGGCCAUCGCGAGCCCGUUCCGCUACGAGCGCAAGAUGACCCACCGGGUGGCUUUCAUGAUGAUCGGAGUGGCGUGGACCCUGUCCAUCCUCAUCUCUUUUAUCCCGGUCCAGCUCAACUGGCACAUGGCUGAGGAAGAGGAGGAUGGCGCAGCGGGCAACGGCACCGAUUACAGCGACAACUGCAAAGCCAACCUGAACCGGACGUAUGCCAUCUCGUCUUCGCUGAUAAGUUUCUACAUCCCCGUGAUCAUCAUGAUCGCCACGUACACGAGGAUAUUCCGUAUUGCGCAAACACAGAUCCGCAGGAUCUCCUCUUUGGAGAGGGCAGCGGAGCACGCGCAAAACCACCACCAGUCCAACGACUGCUCCAACGAGAACUCGCUGAAAACCACUUUCAAGAAAGAGACCAAAGUUUUAAAAACACUCUCGAUCAUUAUGGGGGUGUUUGUGUUCUGCUGGCUGCCGUUUUUCGUGCUUAAUUGCAUGGUGCCCUUCUGCCAGUGCGUGAGUGACACUACCUUCACCAUCUUCGUCUGGUUCGGAUGGGCCAAUUCCUCCCUCAAUCCCGUCAUUUACGCGUUUAACGCGGACUUCAGGAAGGCGUUCUCCUCGAUUUUGGGUUGCAACAAAUUUUUUCCCAGCACCACAGUGGAGACGGUGAAUUUCAGUAACGAGCUAGUGUCGUAUCAUCACGACACGACGCUUCAGAAGGAAGCGCAACCGCUGGUCGUUCAUAUGCCGAACCCUCCGGAGGAGCCGAGUCUCCCGUUCGAUAAGGACUCGGUUACUUCGAAUGUGUCCAGGAAUCACAAAAACAUGUUCUUACCCAACAUCGGACAGUUUGAGUGCGACGGGGAGAUUUCCCUGGACACUAUCACGCCAUUCACCUCCACGGGACUCGUGGAGUGCGAGGGAAUCCCAGGUCAAAUCAUUACUGAAUGACUCAAGGGGGUUGGGGGUCGCCAAGCCUUUUACCUCCUCAAAUGAAGCCAAAAAUAAUUAUUAAGCUAGUGGUAUUACAAAGCACGCGAACAGGUUUAAUUCUGCAUACCGAAAAGGAAAUCAUUUUAAACAACUUUUCAGUAACCAAAAAGUAUCGCAUUUUCGCCUGCCACAAAAACAAAAAAACAAAAAACGUUUGCGGACACCAACAGUACGCGUCUCGAGCGCUUACAGUAUUAUUCAAAGUUACAUCAGCAAAACACAAAUACUGUUUUCUUCAUAGCACUUGACCUUAUAACACGCAUUUUUUUUUUACAAAGGUAAAAUGAGGAUUUGCGCCAGACAAUCCUGAAUAGCCCUACAAAUGAUAUUUCUGAAAGUCACAGUAAGCACACUAAAUACUUUUAAAGUGAAAUGAUUCACUCUUACACGAAUGCAUAAAGUGGUUUUCUUAAAAGUGCAUCCUACUUUUACAGUUAUUUUAAGCAUAAUUAAGUAACUUCAUUUGUUUCAGUCAUGUUCACUUGUUCACUUGCCUUGUACAUGUACAGUAAAAUAUGAAAUUCAGUAUAACUAAUUGUAUAUGAGAAAUGUUCAUUUGCUGACAACUUUUGCAAAUGAUGUAGUUAUAAUCCUUGCAGACAUGAUAUGCAAAUUAUCUUUGCACCUUUCUGUCCGCAGCUUUUACAUGAAAAUCUCCUAUACUCUAGAUUUGUCAAAGUAGCCAACUUUCCUUAGAUCACAGGUCUGCACACUAUUGACAUUCUCUCAUGAGGUGCCACAUGGGAUGCUUUUAAUAGCAGCCACUAAUCUGAGAUCCACGCUAGACACUUCUUGCCCGCUUUUCCUUCCCUCUCAGUCCAUAUGCUUAAUUCAUAUUUAUACAACAUUAAUUUAAAGCAUUAGAAAGCAUGAGAAACAUUUUUUCAGCCAAAUGUCUAAUCCUCUUUAUGCAUUCUUGUUAAAAAUUACACACAAAUCAUUAGAUUUUAGAUUCAUAUAAAAAAUCUCUGCAGUACUUUUCAGAGUUGACAUUUCCAGGUUAAGGUUACUGAUUCUGACCAUAAAAGUGUAUAAAACCGCUUUGGAUUUUCUCAUAAAUAUCAUUUGAAUCACUUGAGAUCUUUCAUCUUAAUGGAGUACAUUUAGAGGUCAUGUAAUAAGAUAUUAUACUGGUUGAAUUGUUAACAGGACAACCAGGUCAUUCCUUCCAGAGGUAGAAUGAUUUAUGUCGCAACUCCUCCCUGUUUCUAACCUACUUCAUGCCGGAUUGCAUUAUGUGAUGAAUAGGCACAGGUUUCUCGUGGCAAAUGCAGAAUACCACAAACAGGAAUUUGGGCAUUAAGAUGGUAGCAGCUGAAAUCUCAUCCUUAGAUCCUGUAAAACUGAUCAUGUUGUAUAAUCAUUGCAUGAGUUAUUAUGCUGCUUUUCUUUUCUUUUUUUUUUCUUUUUUUGCUGGUCUAUUCAGCACAGCUUCCUUGGUCAAACAAGAAAAUAACAAGAAAAGGAUCAUUAAAUGUCCUGUUAAGGCAGCUCAGAAAUUAAAUUUAA